AUGGCGAAGGAGAUUGAUCAGUUUCUAAUGGAUAAAUUCUGCGACGGCGUUAAAAAGGAGAGAAGUCCCUCCAAAAUUGCCAUCUACAACCAGUACCCUUUAUCGAACAAAUCCCUCUGCAACCUAUUUAAUGAUAUAAAGAAAUCGCUUGAAGGAAUCAUUAUCCAAACCCUACCUGAGGAAUUUGGAAUCAGGGAAAAGCUUUACUGCCUCAACGAUCUUUGGACGGAGUUCCAGGUGGUGUCAAAUAGAGACCAAGGAACCCGUAUUAACUUACGGAAGAAGUUAAACGAUAUGAAGGUUGAACUCAAGAGGGAUUCUGUUAAAGCUGUAAAUAGAACAGCUAGCAAACAGGGUGAUGGUGAUAAACCCAGCUCACCAACCCAGACGAGCGCUGUGUCGUCAUUUGGUGCGUCCAAUGUUUAUGGGUUUGAUGACGAUGUAACCUCACUAGAAAAGGUACUGGUCAGGCCAGGAAGUGAGGAUCGUUUCAAGGCAAUAGGCAUCAUGGGUAAGGCUGGUAUUGGAAAAACCGCACUUUCCCAAUUAUUGUUCUAUAAACCGGAGGUGAAGGUGAAGGACUACUUCCUUCCAAGGAUCUCGAUAUCCAUGUCAACACAGCCUGGAGACGAUGAGGAGGACCAAAAAGUAACAAUCCUCAAGAGAAUGUUGGAGAGCCUUGGAGUAGAAAAGGAGAAGAUCAUCAACAAGGGACGUCAUGAUCUCAAGGGGCUACUAUACGCUCUUCACCUGCAAUUGCAGGGGAAGAGGUAUCUGAUUGUGUUGGAUAAUGCCAGCAACACAGAUAAGUGGUACGGACAGUUGAAUUCUUCACCAACUCGCGUGGGAGAAUGGGAUCGUCUUGCGUGUGGACUGCCAAAAGGGUGUGGGGGAGCAGUUAUUGUGACUAGCAGGAAUGAGCAAGUAGCAGAGAUGAUGGUUGGCGGCAGGGAGGGGGAGAGAUUCCUACAUCAGGUUCUACCCCUUUCAGAUCCGGAGAGCUUCUGGAACAUAUUCAUUCAGGCAGCUGAACAAGAAUCAAAGAGGCAAUACAACAUCUCCGAGCUCACAAUUAAUACGGGAAUUCUAAAGGAAGAAAUCUUACAAAAGUGUGCGGGCCUUCCCUUAACUGCAACAAUGAUGGGUGAGUAUCAAGAUUUCCUAAUAAAGUAG